AGAGCAUUUGGCACAUUAUCCUCAUCCACGCCGGUUCUGUUUUCUGCGCUAGUGCUACCAAAUUACCAUCGCACCAGUUCGCUAUCAUUUGAAUCAUUUUUAGACUAUCAUAAUUUGUGUGAGAAAUGGAAGAAGAGAAAAAUUUCUACGCAGUAUUGGGAGUGGCACGUGAGGCUUCCCUGGAGGAAAUCCUCGCUGCCUAUCAACGGCUAGCACCAAUGUGUCGGGCAGAUUCGGAAAACUAUGAUCCGACGGAUUUCCCGAUCCAGGGUCUGGAGCAGCAAGAGUAUUGGGAGAAGCUGAACCACGCAUACCGCACGCUGAUCAUUCCGGAGAUACGUGCCCGGUACGAUGCUGGCUACCCUAGCGAGGAACUGCCUGCCCCGGUACGCUCCCGCGCUGAGUCAUUGGCCCGGGGCAGUUCGGCUGCCAUUCAGCCACCCCCUUUGAUUGAGCCCGCGUCGAAGCAGGUACGGCCACACUCCGUCGUGAUACAAUGUCCGGUCCAGCUGGAAGAGCUAUUCCACGGGACGCGGAAGGAUGUCAGCUAUCAACGGCUGGUCAACAUUGCCGGCCAGUCGGAGCUCAUCCAUCAGACGACGUCGGUCAAUAUCACACCGUACAUGCGCGAUGGCGAACAGAUCAUACUGCGUGGGCUCGGCAACCAGAUUGGAGCGGUGCAGGGUGAUCUGCUGGUUGUAUUGCGCCAAUUCGUACACCCGUCUUUCAGCGCCAAGGGCAACGAUCUUGUCUGCAACUGUCACAUACCGCUAUCGGUUGCUGUGCUGGGCGGCAUAGUCUCCAUCAGGGGCAUCGACAACAAGACAUUUGGGCUGAUGUUGCACGAACCGUACCCGCUGCUUCCGCCCCUAGUGAAGGUGAUCGAGGGCGAGGGUAUGAAGACGCGCCACGGGCGUGGAAAGCUGGUGGUCAAGUUUUACGUCCAAUUUCUACCAGUGCCAACCCGUCUGCGGGAUGAAACCACCAACCUGCUGCGUCAGAUCGAGAGCGCAUACAGUCGCGCGGAGGACGCCUAGGACGCUCGCAUAUGCAUCCAAAAACCGCACCCGUCCGUGCUGUACGCUCAACAUCUGCCAUACACUGUAGUUGUACCUCGUGCUCGUAGCGUAGAUGACGACAUUCAUUCAUAAAAACACAAACACUCGCUCUCUCAA